CAUCACUUUUGUCAUCAUCAGCUGUACUUGGCGUGUAAUUAUUUUUUGUCAGGAAUAAAAUUCGAUUUGGAAGUCUCGCAAAAAUGAAGGUCAUCUACAAUACCUUGUUCAAGCGUACGUCCACCUACGCCGUGGCCAUCAUCGCGUCGACAUUCUUUUUCGAGCGCGCCAUCGAUGUCUCCGCGACUGCCCUGUACGAGUCCAUCAACAAAGGCAAACUCUGGAAGGACAUUAAGAGCAAAUACGAAUAAGCGCAGUCAUCAAUUAAACAAUGACUUGUUUUAAUUAGCAUAACAAAAUGAACGUUUAUUCUCAACGAUACAAAAACUAAA